AUGUCUUCAUCCACCCCUCCACCCCCACCACCAUCCGAACAAGCAAAACCCACAAGCACCCAAGACAUCUCCCCACAAAACCAAGACCAAGCAUCCACCUCAGCAGCCCCCCUGCCCCUCCCCUCACCCUCCACAAACGACAACACGACCCAACUCAACGUCGACGGCCAAGCAGUCAAACUCGACCACUUGGGACCGCUCGUGGUGAAUAAAGAUGGCACUCUAUCGCGCAUUGCGAAUUGGGAGUCCAUGGCCGAGAUUGAGAGGCAGAACACGCUGAGGAUUUUGGUUAAGAGGAAUCAGGUUAGGUUAGGGGCGUUGAGGGGGGAGGGGGGUGAG